AUGUGCAAAAAGUACUCAGACCCGGAACAACUUUCCAGGGCUUAUCCAAAUCCAUUGGCUGCUCUCUUUGCCGUGGAACGCGAGCAACGUCUUCGGGAAAUGCAGGAACUCCUUUCCGUGGCCAUACAAUCGUCCAAGUACAUUGAGGAAAUUCCUGUCACCCCCACAGCAGACGAGCCAUGGACUCUGGCCGUUUUGAAGAUUCAAUAUCUCCGCAGAGAACUCAAGGAAGUUGGAUAUUUGUACAUCUACAAGUACGAUGAUUAUCCAUCCAAAAUCCGGGCCAAAUUUGACGAGUAUUUUGAGCGGUUGGACAAAGUUGGAACUCAUCUGGCGGGGAUUGUGGACUACCAUUGGGUGCUGUUCAACUCGCUGAUUAAGUCCUGCAACAGUGUCAUUGAAAUGCGUCCACGCUCUUCACUUCCAAGAGAGGAUGACGAUGAAAUCAUCCAUCUGCGCUCCGAGAUCUCAUGGCUUGUAGUAAGAUUGCUGAUAAAUAAUAGAUGACUUCUCAGUCAUUAUUUGGUAUACAGAGUAUAAAAAAAGAGUAUAACCGUUUUUAUUUUUAGGUCGAACGCCGAGCCUGUGGUCUUAUCACCAGUCCUUGGCUGAAACAACCCGAGACCUUUGUUCGAGCCAUCGCGUUGCAGUUUUUCCAAAACUUUAAAAGAUCUGUGAACCGGAUUAUGGAACUGAGAAGACGUCAACUUCACAAUGCCCUCAACUUUGAAGCGGCUUGA